GCGGGUUACAUCCACCGAGCGGUGACGGGAGUCGAUUACUUCCUUGCGACGUUGCUUACCGAGCGCGGUCGAGUCACCGCCUCCGCUAUUGAUCCGUCGCCUCCUCUCGACGCUUGCUCUCCGACACGGGGAAGGGGGGGGGAAGAAGGGCUGAUGGGUUCGACAUGCGUCUUUGUCCUCCUCUGCCUCUUCGGUCUCUCCGCGGCCGCGGCGGAGAGAUUGACCCCGCUGAUCGAGGAACUCGGGCGGCCGAGCGCCGUAGCAGACAUCUUCGACACCUCCAACUACGGGAAGUUGCAGCUCGACAACGGAUUGGCUCGGACUCCACAGAUGGGAUGGAACAGUUGGAAUUUCUUCGCUUGCAAUAUCAACGAGACGGUCAUCAAGGAAACAGCUGAUGCUCUCGUUUCGACUGGACUGGCUGCUCUAGGCUACAACUACGUUAAUAUAGAUGAUUGUUGGUCUUCUGCAACUCGAAAUCUUGAGGGGGAACUGGUUCCUGAUCCACAGACUUUCCCUUCAGGCAUCAAAGCUUUAGCAGAUUAUGUGCAUCAAAAAGGCCUCAAGCUUGGUAUCUAUUCCGAUGCUGGGAUGUUCACAUGUCAAGUUCGACCUGGAUCCCUAUACCAUGAAAUGGAUGAUGCAAAUCUUUUUGCCUCAUGGGGAGUUGAUUAUUUAAAGUAUGAUAAUUGUUUCAAUUUGGGAAUAAAACCAGAGAAACGUUACCCCCCAAUGCGUGAUGCAUUAAAUUCCACUGGGCGCGCUGUUUUCUACUCUCUUUGUGAAUGGGGUGUAGAUGAUCCGGCCUUAUGGGCUGAAAAAGUUGGGAAUAGUUGGCGGACAACAGAUGAUAUCAGUGACUCAUGGGUAAGCAUGACUACCAUUGCUGAUCUAAAUAAUAAAUGGGCUUCUUAUGCGGGACCUGGUGGAUGGAAUGACCCAGACAUGUUAGAGGUUGGCAAUGGUGGCAUGACCCAUGCAGAGUAUCGUUCACAUUUUAGCAUCUGGGCUCUGAUGAAGGCUCCUCUUUUGCUAGGUUGUGAUGUGAGAAACAUGGCUGCUGAAACAUUUGAAAUCUUAAGCAAUGAAGAAAUUAUUGCUGUAAACCAAGAUCCUCUUGGUGUUCAAGGAAGGAAGAUUUUGUCUGAAGGAAAUGAUGAAUGCAGUCAGGUUUGGGCUGGUCCUCUUUCGGGAAACCGCUUGGUUGUGGCUUUAUGGAACCGAUGUUCCCAAGCUGUCACAAUUACUGUUACAUGGGAAACACUUGGUCUCGACAACACAACUUGCUUUUCUGUAAGGGAUUUGUGGAAGCAUGAGACCCUGGAAGGAAACAUGGCUGGAAGACUUGGAGCCGAGGUUGACUCUCAUGACUGCAAAAUGUUCAUCCUCUCGCCGCCGUCAACUUCCAUCGUUGUAAUUUAAUCGUCUCACUCCGUACCAUGCUCUAUCUUGCACAGGACAUCGUGUCAUUAUUCUUAUGGAUUCUUGAAAUCGAAUUGAAAUGGACAGGACGCUUAAGUCCAACAUGUCUUUGUUGAGUAGAAGCAUUAGUAGUGUUUGAGGUCAUAUA